AUGGAUCCGGUCAAACUUCGAAUUGAAGGGAAGAAAAUGAUUGAGAUUGUAGCGAAUUAUUGGGAAGAAAUUCGGCACAGAAAACCGAUUCCGGAUGUCAAACCAGGAUAUCUCAAUAAAUUGGUACCCGAACACCCACCAAAAACCACUGAAACAUGGGAAACAAUACUGGGAGAUUUGGAAGAAGUUGUAUUCAAUGGAAGUAGUCACUGGAAUCAUCCACAUUUCUUUGCUUAUUUUCCAGCUGGAAUCGGAUAUCAUUCGAUUCUUGCAGAUAUAAUUAGUAGUGGAUUGAGCUCUGUUGGUUUCACGUGGAUUGCCUGCCCUCCGAUUACAGAACUUGAAAAAGUGACAUUGGAUUGGCUCGUAACACUGAUGAAUCUUCCUGAAUAUUUCAAGAAUUCUCAUCCGGGUCCCGGUUGUGGAAUUAUUCAAAGCAGUGCAUCUGACUCUACUCUAAUUGCAAUUAUGACUGCAAGAGCUGCGAAAGUGGAACAAGUGAAGAAUAAUCCAUCGAGUUAUAAAUGGGUUAAAGAUGAAACAUUGAGCAUUUUUUAUAAGAUAUUCUAUUGGCAAUCGAACCGGUCGAUUCAUGAUUCAACUGAUAUCAUUACGCCCUAUUAUCAUGAUCCACGUGUUUUCAAGGAUUUCGUAAUGUAUUUUUGUGACCAAGGGCAUUCUUCAAUUGAAAAAGGAGCUAUGUUGGCUGGUGUUCGUUUUCGAAAACUAAAAGGAACAAGAAAAUAUUUAGAUAAUUAUGGAUUGGAUCCCGAUGUCUUUCAGAAGGCGAUUGAGGAAGACCGUGCACGUGGAUUCAUUCCAUUCAUGCUGGUUGCCACAGUUGGAACAACGGCAACUUGUGGAGUAGAUGAAAUCGAGAAACUUGGACCAAUUUGUCAGAAAGAGGGAUUAUUUCUACACGUGGAUUCUGCUUAUGCUGGUUCCUUUGCGUUCUGUGAGGAAUUCAAAUAUCUAGUGAAAGGGAUUGAAUACGCAGAUUCAUAUAACACAAAUCUCCAUAAAGCUGGAAUGAUUAACUUCGAUUGUUCGCCACUUUGGUUCAAAAAUGGAACAUAUGCAUCGAGAUAUUAUAAUGUUGACCCGGUUUACUUGGCUCAUGAAUAUCAAUCAACGAGUACUGAUUAUAGACAUCUGGAAAUACCGUUAGGACGUCGUUUCAGAUCUCUCAAAAUAUGGUUCACUUUGAGAAAUAUGGGAGUUGACAAGAUUAAAGAGUAUCAGCGAAAAACGGUCGCUCUGGCUUUGCAAUUUUCGAAAAUUAUUCUCGAAAACGAAAAAUUCGAAUUAUUUACACCUCCCCAUCUGGGUCUUGCCACGUUUCGUUUGAAAAACCACUCGAAUUCGGAUAACAAACGUUUUCUGGAUGCAAUCAACAGAGAUCGUCGUAUUCAUCUCGUUCCUUCCAUGGUUCAUGGAACCUUCUUACUUCGAUUUUGUGUUGGAAGUCCAUUGACAGAUGAAGAUGAUAUUUAUCAUGCGAGAAGAGUUAUGAUUGAAGUUUAUUUCAAGUUGUUUCAGAAGUGA